UGUGUCUGUCUUAGUUUGAGGUAUAGCAGCGUAGACCAACACAGAAAAUGAACAAAAUGGAGCUCUGUGAGCUCUCUGGAUCUGCGCUCUCCACAAGUCGCAUCACGUUGCGGCUCCGGCGACUCGCGAGAAUUCUCCUGUGCGGUUACGAACACGAACGCACUUGUUUGCACAGUGGCGAAAAGUUGUCCACAGACUCAGCAUCUUCAUGCCCCCGCACCCGCUCUUCACAACAGUACCAUCACUAUCAGGACGAGUCUGUCCGCACCUGGCUCACAGCGCGACACUUGCUGUGGCUCGCAAUCUACCAGGAGUGGAACGUAUCAAAUGUAAAAAUGUCUGGGUCUGGAAGAAUCCGAACUUGUGAUGCUGCAUUUGGAUUCUAAAAAAAUCCAUGACUUGCAACCCUCUGAUAGAAUUGAUAACCGGAAAACCUCCCUGAAGGCUUUCGAGGGGUGGCAGUGCGAGAAUUUCGCAAACGGGCCGCGCGUGGACGCGUGGGCCACAAGGGGCCCGCCUUCCGUCUGGGGCAGUUUCUUUUUGAGAAACAACCCGCCAACAUUCCGUCCAACAACAGGGCGCGAGGCCCGUGCUUUCUGACUUCCGACAAAUUUUCAUCGUUGAAAAGUGAGAAGCUACGGACUUCUCACUGUGUUUCCACUGGUCUUCUAGAAAAGGAGUGAAAAGUCAGCGACUUCUCGUUUCUGAAGCAUUUUCUUUCUGGAAAAGUGAGAAAUCAGUGAUUUGUCACUUCUGAAAAGUUUUCAUGUUGAAAAGCGAGAAGUCGCUCCGCUGACUUCUGAAAAGUUUUCAUUUGGGAAAAGUGAGAAAUCACUGAUUUCUCACUCGGCUUCUCGAACAAUCCGAGAAACGGAGUGGGAAAAAUGUGACUUCUCACUUUGCAAGACUCUCACUCUGGUCGGAGUCGCGUUGACUCUUCCCAGAGUGAGAAUUUUUCAAAAGUGAGAAAUCAGUGAUUUCUCACUACUUUUCUCGAAGGUACCCGAGCGCCAAAUUUCUUCGGGGCCCGGGUACCUUCGAGAAAAGUAGUGAGAAAUCACUGAUUUCUCACUUUUGAAAAAUUCUCACUCUGGAGUCGGACUCCAAAAAGGUUUCCAGCCGUCAAGAUUUCGCGAGAGUGAGAAAUCACUGAUUUCUCACUUCUUUUCUCUAAGCCUUUCGGGAUGUGUAGGCGACUUCUCACUCCGAGUGAAAAAGCCAGUGAGCUUUCACUUGGUUUUUUGAAUGUCUUCAGGAGGCAGCGCGAAAGCUCGCUGCGUGCGAAAAGUUCAUGGAAUUUCACUCCCCCACUUCUCCAGCCUAUUCGUAAAACGGAGCGAAAAGGAGCGGACUUUUUACUCCCUUCCUGAGGGGACCUCUGGGCGAGCCCGAAGUGCAAAGCCAGCGCGCUUUCGCUUUUGUUGUCAGCGCGCUCGCAAAGUCAGCCGGCUUUGAUUGCCCCCCUAGGGGGAUUUGUUUUGUGCCGUCGAUCUUCGUGCUGCUGCAGAGGUUUGCGAAGCUUCAAAACAAAGAGCUACUAACUUACGCUAGCGCGCCAAACUGAUCGACUUGGCGCGAAUUCUGUUUCACGAAGGCGUCCGGAGAAAUUUUCCGGCGAAAAGGGGGGGGCUUUUGCAAGUCAUGAAAAAAUCUGUAUUGCAUGACCAACAAAGGGAAUGCAAUUUUGGCUACGCGGAGAGGGAAUUUGUCAUGCGGAAUACGCAUCAACAAGACCUUAAAAAAUCCGUAUUGCUAGGGUAUGCAUCACAGACAUCAUGGCUCAUGCAAAACGUGCGUGACAAGUGUCAGAAUCUUCCAGACCCAGACAUUUUUACAUUUGAUAGAACGGCGGGCUGGCGCGCACCGACUCGAGUCGAGAAGUGAUUUUCUGGCACGUAUCAAAAUGAAAAAUCCCCCCUCCCCAUAUCAAAAAUCAAAAUGGAAAUUUCUGAUGCUGAUUUGUGUACACAAAUCCGAUUUGUCUUGCAGUACAGCACUCCUGCCAGAUCCGCAGCCUGGGUGGGAGCGCUCAGGUCUAGUUGUUCAGCAUUGCAAACGGCUACCCUCUAGGACCAACAGCAUGCCAAAUCGCUUCACAAUUGGGCGGAUGCCUCUGCACUUGUCUUCUUGCAAGACAAACCUGAUUUGUGGUCACAAAUCAGCAACGCAAAUAUUCGGAAACGUACCUUUUCAAUAUGGGGAGGGGGGAUCUUUCCUCUCAAUAGCACGACUUCUGGUGUUGCAGCGUGAUAACGGGUCUUCUCUGGAUUACGGAUUACUGCAUCCUCUUGGGACUUUGCAUUUGGUACAUUUCGAAGGCCCUCGAGAAGAAGCACAAGAGCGAGAGGACAAGCAGUGCGUCCAGGUGUGAAAAGAGCUCACAAGAAAAAGGACCGCUGCGAGAUAAGUCUUCGGGCGAGCAGACGAAUUCAUCUCGCAAAAGCGAAGCGGAAAUGAAGGCAUCUCCCAGAACGCAUGACUCUUGUGCCACAGAACUUGGGCUUGUACGAUCCUCCUCAUCUGUGGAGCCUUCUCUUGAGCUCAGGCGGCGGCGCCAUGUGGAUACAAGUUGCUCUGUAACUUUGAACGAGCAGCCCCAUCCAACACAUGAAAGUAGCCUGCUACCAGUACCAAUUGACCCCUUGUCAUUUGGUUCCGGGGGUACACCUGCGGCUGCGGCCGAGAAGCAGCGUAAUAAAGCGAGCAAAAGGGAGAAAACACAAAUAAAGGCUCCAGCAGCUGCGCCGAUACUGUUUUUCAAGAUAAGCAAAAAGCUGCGCUUCACCCUCGAGCUCCUCGCGGUCCUGCUUGCAUCCUACCUGUUCUUCGAUUUCUUCAGUGCCAUCUGGCACUGUGCCUUGGAUCAAAACAUGGGCACGUUUCUCAACGGCGGCCGCCGCACUUUCACCGAGGACCAUCACGUCGACGUGCAGAUCUUCAAUGAGUUCACGAAUUACGAGCUCCUGGCGUACACCAACCCGCCACUGUGGGUCCUGGCUGUGCUCUUCGAGCUGUCCUACUGGUGGCUGCUAACGGCGGCGGGCAAAGAACAGCGCACGGAAGUAGAGGAGACGACGAAUUCGAUCGCGCAGCAAAAGAAGGCUACAACAAGCACGAAGACGGCAAAGCACAAGCAGCUGCAGAAAAAUUACAAGCAACGCGGGUUCCUCUGUGUCUUCUUCCUUUUCGCGAUGGUGCAGUGUAAUGUAAGUACACUCACGCACCACUUUGCGCACCGACGCACCCACGACCUCUAUGUGCCGGAGUGGUGGAAAGUCAUGCAGGUAUAGCAACGGAUUCAUUUUCAUUUGGAUGCAAAAGCAAAACCUGUGUGGUUCUUUGGCAUUAGUAAUGCCACUCCCGUUUCAGCUGUUGCAAUUCCAAUUGAUGCCCAAUCGGUGAUACCACUGAAAUCGAAAUCGAAAUCGAAAAAAAAUAUCAGGACUACAAUAUCUUUCUCUCCGGACCGCACCAUCGGAACCACCACAAUAUCGAGGCUUGUUGGGACGGAAAGUGGAGCGUUUAUGUCGGUUGGAUGGACUUCCUGUGGGAUUUCAUUUACCAAGACAUUUUUGCGCAAACCUCCUCGGAAGCGAAAUACGGUUUGUGCGCGCCACGACGGUGAGUAAAACUGGAAGUGCAUUGCUUCCUCAGUAUGUUUCUACCUUUGAAUGCGGAUCUCUUCUUGCUUCGAUCGAUGUCGACAUUGAAUUUUUUAUUUUACUAGUUGUAGUUUGCGUUACGGCUGCUCGAGAGCGAGACAGAAAAAAAUGAUUUCCGUACUCUGCCUUGAGCAGUGGACGUCGUGGGAUGACUUUUUCUAAAAACGACUUAGAGAACGAGAACUUCGCUUUUCCUUUUUGUUGCGGCGCCUUACUUUCGAUCACAUGCCGGACAGACGCGGGACGGUGAUGGUUUCCUGAAACUGUGAACAACCAGAAAUGAUGUUGCUGCUCGUACCUGUUUUAGAACUACUAGAGCUCUUGGGAUACUUGUUUCAACGCCAUCAAUGUGUAGAUGCGCCCUUUGUUUCGCAAG